GGAGUAUUUGUGUACCAUAGUGAUUUCCCAUCACAGUCGGAGUCAAUUGCACCAAUAUCCCUCGCAGUGCUCACAACGAGUUCCCUUGAACUGGAUUGCAGCCAACAAACCCCAGCCAUCACCACCUACUUUGGAGUUAUCUUCCUUCUCGCUACGUGCUUACACCCCCCCCACCCCCCCCAAACACACACACACACACAAAUAGAGGCUCCCAACCCAUUGCUGAAACCCUGGGGCUGGAGGGGAAGUAUGUCCAGUGGUAAAAACGGAGAAUCUCAGGGACUUCUGUAUCCGUCGCCGAUCAGAGCUCAGGGGAACAUCUACAAACCCAACAAUAAAAUGGAAGAUGAGAAGAUGAACGAGAAAUACUUGGCCGACGUUCACACCAAAGAGAUCGAUCUGGUCAACAGGGACCCCAAGCACCUGAACGACGACGUGGUCAAGGUGGAUUUUGAGGAUGUGAUUGCGGAACCAGAGGGAACGUACAGCUUUGAUGGCGUUUGGAAAGCUAGCUUUACUACCUUCACAGUGUCUAAAUACUGGUGCUACCGUCUUCUCUCAGCGAUCUUAGGGAUACCUCUAGCAAUUAUUUGGGGAAUUUACUUUGCCAUUUUAACAUUCAUCCACAUUUGGGCAGUGAUGCCCUGCAUCAAGAGCUACAUGAUUGAAAUCCAGUUCAUCAGCAGAGUCUACUCUAUCUGCAUUCACACCUUCUUUGACCCGCUCUUCGAAGCCAUGGGGAAAAUGUGCAGCAGCAUUCGAGUCGCAGUGCACAAAUAGGGAGAAGGGCAAAAUCCCGAUGGAGGUUGUCUGUCGUUUUUUUAUAAUCAGCCAGAGCUUCCCACUGAAUGGAAGUCCGGGUUCUUUUUGCAGAAACAUGUUGGCAUUUUAUAUAGUAGCACUGGUAUAUAUAUAUAUAAAUAUUAAAAAAAUGAUUUGUUGCAUGCUCUGCUACACAAUCCCAAGUGCUUCCCUUGAUUCCCCCCCCACCACUCACCCACCCCUGAGUGUUCUGUUAUUCUUUUAUAGUCUUCUGCUUUUUGAACUGAUAUGAAAUCAAGUACAUUCCAUCAUUGUAUGGUUCUUUCUGUUAGCAGCGGGGAAAAAAAAUGAAUUGGUGCCUUUCCUUGGCGUGUAUUGUGUGGCCCGCUCCUCGUUUUCACAGUGUUAACGAGGAUGGUGAGUAAAAGGGAUUAAACACAGAGCAUAGGAUCGUAGUGAUUUACAGCACAGAAGGAGGCCAUUUGGCCCAGCGAGUCUGCCCUGGUUCUUAGAACAAGCUGGAUUUUCAAUCCCACUGCCCUAUCCCCAUACCCCUUAAAGCCUCCAACCUGCAUAUACAAGCAUAGGAUUUUUUUUACUCUAGUAAAGGUGAACAUUUGCAGUGAGAUGAGAGCUAGUGUUAGAAUGGAGAUUAACGUUGAAUUGGCUAUGGAAACAGUAUGCAGAAAGAACUCUCAGUUUCCUAAGUAUCUCACUUCAUCUUACCCCUUUUCAAUUUGACAUUAAACAUUACAAUUAAUAGAUGGAGAACACAUACCUGUGUGGGACAAGAAAAGGGGAAAAGCGGUAAAAAUUUCUUGUCAGAAAGGCCUUCUAUCUGAAAGCUAAAUAUCUCAGCACUAAUUUCACUCUGCACGGAUACAAUGCCAAUAGGGUUGCCCCUCCUUCCUCUCCAGCGCUCACUAUAUUGUUUGUUUUUAUUGAAAUCUGCCUUUAGUAAGCAGUUCAGCAGUUUUUGUCCUCUGUGCUGUCAUUUUCACACACUCUAAUCUGCUCCAGAAGGUUGACAGGCAAGCAAUGACAACACAAAACAUUGGUUUCAUUAUUCUAACUGCAGUUUAAAAAAAUAAAUGUUUUUAAACCUCACCCCUGGCAAUUGUGCUGUGCAAUUUUUACUGCACCCACCUGAGACCCCCAUUUCAUUUUUUUUAAAAAAACAGCAUUGUAUUACAGAUAUGUAGCCUAAAGGGUUAAUGCAGGUCCAGAAUUUUCUAACUUGGACGAUUAUACAGCAGUGGCUUGAAGCCAGAAAUGGAAGUACAAAAACGAAAAGUACUAGAAACUGGAUAGGUUUGUGAUGAGCAGAGACAUCCGUGCCCCAGCCUCUGUUUUCGUUUUACUUUUGAAACUUCUUUUGCAUCCUCACAGAGUUUUGUUAUAUACCAAGUACAUUAGCUACUGUUGCCAACUAGAAGAUGCACAUUUAAGAAGUUAAAGGGGUCGCUGCAAGUUGCUCCUUUACAGAGACACCUGUUGGAAAAAUUCUGUAUGAGGGGAGGGGGGGAGGGCAUCUUUGUACAUAGUUUUAAAAGAUGCAAUUUAAAGUCAUCCACAGAAUAACUGAUUUUAUAGCCAUAGUUUUGUUUCAGCAGAAGCUAUUUUAUAUAAAGCAGUUGUAUUGCAUUAUUUUGCAACUGUCUAUUAAAAAAAAACUGGGUAAGCUGCCUAUUUUUGUACUGUCACUUUAAAUUGUUUAAUUUCAAAUUGUUUGAUGUUUUCCUGGAAAAUCCCCUUCCCACCCCUGGUGAUGUUUGAGCUUGCUUAUGCUACAGAAGUACUUAAAAUGUGUUUAGCAUGUAAGAGCUGAGAUGAUCAGAAAUGAAAUAAAGGACACAAGGUUGACCUAA